AAACCAACACGGAGUUGGCACCAUGAACGCUCCAUGUGAAGUUUGUGGUUUUAACGGAGGAGCAUGAACGCGCCGCGGACAGCUCUUUGCUCUUAUUGGACCAUUACUUUACCACGUGACAACAUGGCCGCCAGUGACCGAAGUAAACAUGGUGAGGACAGCAUCCUGGAACCGCUGUGUUUUCCAGACCCGCCAGCUGGAUGCUCCAGCGCUGCCAGUUUGGAGCGGCCCAGUUCGGACCUGCUGGUCUGUCUGUUCUGUUCAGAGUCCGUACCCCUGCUGCUCAAAGACACUCUUCUCAGACACCUGGUGCUGGAUCACAAGCUGGUGAUCGCUGAUGUCCAGCUCAUCGCAGACCUCUCAAAGUACCUGCAGUACUGGAAGGGCCGGUUCCUGGAGCAGCCGCUCACAGAGUUCUGCAGUGUGAUUAAGACCAACUCUACUGGACCACUGGAGAAACAGGAAGACUACUUCCUGUUAUGUGACAUCCUUCCAGAAGACCGGAUCCUUAGAGAGAGACUCCAGAAGCAACGACUGGAGGAGGUCCUUGAGCAGCAGCAGAAGGAGAGAGAUGACAGCAGCUUCCAUCAUCUCUGCAUGUUCUGCAGCGAGGAGUUCACUGGAAACAGGUCAUCUUUGCUGAACCACAUGGCAAGAGAACAUUCCUUCAGCAUCGGCCUUCCAGACAACAUCGUGUACUGUGAUGAGUUCCUGGACACCCUGCAGAACAAACUGGACUCCCUGCAGUGUUUGUACUGCGAGAAAACAUUUAGAGAUAAAACCACGCUGAAGGAUCACAUGAGGAAGAAAACUCACAGACGCAUCAACGCCAACAACCACGACUACGACCGCUUCUACGUCAUCAACUACCUGGAGCUGGGGAAAACCUGGGAGGAGGUUCAGAGUGAAGAUGACCGGGAUCUGCUAGAUGAUGGUGAUGAGAAUGACUGGUCCGACUGGAGGGCUCACCCUGUCUCUGUUGUCUGUCUCUUCUGUGACCAUGAGUCGGAGACCAUGGAUCAGAUCUACACACACAUGAAGGACACUCACAGAUUUGACCUCCAUCUUCUGAAGACGGAACACAAUCUCAGCUUCUACCAGCAGGUCAAGCUGGUGAACUUCAUCCGGCGGCAGAUCCACCAGAGCCGCUGCUAUGGCUGCCAGGAGAAGUUUGGCUCCAGAGCAGACAUGCUGCAUCACAUUGUGUCUAAGGGCCAUGUGAUGAACCUACCAGAGAUGUCCACCUGGGACCAGCCCCAGUAUUAUUUUCCUACAUAUGAGAACGACGCUCUCCUGUGUGCCCUGUCUGACACCGAUGGAGAUGAAAGUGAUGAGAUGAGUCACAGCGAGGAUGUUCCUGUGAUUGCUGAGGACAUCUCCAACCUCCAAGCCUUGAAGCAGAGCAGCAUCCUGAACCAGCUGCUGAAGAACUGAGGAUGGAGCUGCAGACUUUUACAAUGAUUCAUUGGAGCUGUUCAGGAAUACGUGCUGCUCAUUUCCUCUGAAGACUAAAACAUUUCAGAUGAGGAACAAGAGCUGCAGAUGAAGGUGGCGUUACGACUUGAUGGGGUUUAAAGUUUGGCCCUUUUCUAACACCCUGAGUAAGGUGACAGGAGCGCUGACUACAGUCAGAACAAAACAAAACCCUCUUUCCACAUCCUGAUGGUUCUGAAGGCCAAACAGAUCUGGCACAAGUGUGUGUUUGAGUGUGUGUGUCAGAGAUAAACACUGACUAAAACUGGACACAGCAGUUCACUGUAAGAGUUGAAGCCACCAGGAAGUGCACACCUCCAUGUUCAUUAAAAGUUUUCCUCACAAGCCUGAAAGA